CACUAAGCCACGCCCGUUCACUCACGCACCAACAUGGCGGCAUGCGGAAAUAUGUGGCGAAGCAGAAGAAUUAUUUUUGAUCUUUUUCUGACUAUUGUUCUCCAGCUCUUGGUGAGCAGCUGCCUGUCGGCUCCUUUGAAUGGAAAUGAAACACAAGUGCCCCCAAACAGCACAGAAACUCAAUCUCAAAAUCUUACUUUGACCACUGUGAACAAAGAAGCAACGGUGACACAGUCUACACCAACUGAUCAGAAUCUAGCAGCUGCAGAUGUUUCCAAGGGUCCUGUAAAAAGUGAUGGCAACAGCUCCACCACAGUAAAGCCGAAAGUUCCUGAAGAAAGCGCCAUGAAAACUCCGACAGUUCCAAAACCAAAAAAAGAUGACGCUAUUGAGUUCGAUAGCUCUGAUAAGCUAAAUGACGGCACCAAGAAAACACCUGCCACUCCUGAAGCAGGAGCAGCAGCUCCUGACGCAAACAUUAAGUCUGAUCCAGAAAAUGCCAACGCCACCAUCAAAACUAAUGAACCAACAAAAUCUGCAACGGAAGAGCCGGACGACUUCCAAUCUCAAGACACACCGCAGCAGGGCACUGAUGUUAAUGAAAAUGAGAAUGAUGAUGAUGAUGAUGAUGGUGAUGAUGAAUACGACAAUUUUGGAAAUACUGCAUUAAAUGAAGAGCAAGAUAAGAGCAAGAAGCAGCCCGAUGAGAUUGAUAAGGAACGAGACAGCUACAACACAGAGGAUGAAGACUCCCACUUCUUCUUUCAUCUGGUCAUACUGGCUUUCCUGGUGGCCAUUGUCUACAUCACAUACCACAACAAGAGGAAGAUCUACCUCCUGGUACAGAGCCGGCGCUGGAAGGAGGGUCUGUGUUCCCGCAACACUGUGGAGUAUCACCGCUUGGACCAGAAUGUCAAUGAGGCCAUGCCGUCCCUCAAGAUGACCCGAGACUACAUUUUUUAAUCUAGAGGAACAAUAUAGUAGGCUUACGCAGAGCCAGUUCCUGGUCAUUUAUAGAUAAGAUGCUGUGCGUUGUUAUGGAGCUUGAUUGAUGCUUUGUCUUGCUUUAUAGGCCAAUAAGAAAUCAGGGGAUAUUGUAGUUGGGGAAUUUUUUUUAAUGGCCCUUUUUGGUUGUCUGAAGAGAUUAUCCAAUUAAUAUAUUCUUAUUUGUUAUAAUUUUAAUGAUCAUUGCCAUUAAGUUAAUAAUUCAGGAUUUCUUAGGGGCUUUUUUAUUUUAUUUUAAUUUUUAAAAUUUUUUUUAGUAUUGUUUCAGCCUUACAGUUCCUUUAUACCAAUUUUUCGUUUUCUCUGUUGCAUAUUGUCUUAAUAUUUCUAACACUUUGCUUAAGAGUUGCAAAAAUUACAUGUUAAUUGAACUUUUUAGGCUGUAAUGUGAUGGUGAACUAAUAGAAGAGUUGAGUAUGUACUCUGAAAUUAGCAAUGAACACCUAAGUAAUUGCUGUGGAAAGCACGACUACCUUUCAUAUUUCAAAAGUAUGCAAAAAAAGUGCAAUGAAGCAGAAACUGUUAAUCAAAUGUUCCUAUAUAUUAAGUUAUUCCCUAAAAAAACAAAAACAAAAACAGAAAAGCCCUUCUACUCUUUUAAAUUGUUUCAGUUUGACAUAAUGGGGCAGCUGAAUUAAAGACAACUUGGGUAAUCCAUUCCAAUAUAUGUAUUGUUUCAUAUAGAAAUAAUCAGAUAACAUGUUUAGUUAUUUUUUAGCAUAUAGAUAGAGAAAUACAAUUUUCAUUGGACCCCGAAAAUUAGCUUUUUACAAUCACUUUAUUGCCAAUGUUUCUGCUUACACUAUAGAUGAAAAGUAGUGGCAGUUUUAUUACUUUCCAUUAAUUUUUGGCCAUCUUGGCUACACAUUAAGCAUUAAGUUAAGGAGUGGUGGGCGGGGCUACUCUUGAGGUGAAAGAUAAUGCCAUGUGUUUAAGCCAUUAAAAUGAGGAUGGAUGUGUGUAUGGUGCAGAUGAGAAGGUACUAAUAUGUAAGAAAGAAAUGUCUAUUGCCAGACUUAUUCUUUUUUCUUGAUCACUUUAUAUUUAACUUGUCUUAAUAACAUGGGCUGGCCCUCUUUGUUUUAUGACUUCGGUGAAGUCUCUGUCAAAAAAACCAUCUUCACUGUGGCAAGUUGUAAAGACAACGUUUCCUCAUGUCCAUGCAGAACUUUUCACUUUUCCUUGCCUCCUGUCAGGGUAUUUUGGUGGAAUUAAGUUAAUCAGAAAUUCUGCACCCUCUCUAUGACCUGUUCACAAAAGCAAAAACACAACUUUUUAUUUUUUCUCUUUCCUAUGCGUCACAGCCACAUGUUUUUCUGUCUGUCGUUGUCUCAUGCCUUCAAAUGAAAUGCCACGACUGCCACUUGAGUCUGCAAAUGUAUCAAUCUCGCGACGCCUUCUGUCAGUUGUUUUCAGCUGGUUUGUGAAUAUACAAGCGAGACGGUGAAUAUAUAUAGAUUUGCACUGUGCCGUUCAGGUAUGCUAGCUAGAAUAUGAAGGGACGAAGGAUCAACACUGGUCUUGCAAUCAACAGUAGAAACUGUACAAUCUUUCUCGCUUUUUUUGGUCAAUAAAGCACAAAUUGUGUAAAUCUU